AUGAAUCAGAAGGAUGAACAUGAACAUCUUCCAUGCGUGCCUAUAAAAAGAUUGAAUAUCAAGUCCCAAUCAUAUCUGCAAAAUGCAAUAGGAAAGUUGAGGACCUUUAGUAAGAAGAAUCAUAACUGCGACGGACCAAAAUUGUUGCAAGUUCUCGUCUCUUUCCCUCUUCCAAACAGAGAUCCUCCACAGCCUGCAAUGCCUCCUCAUAACUCAUGUGCUCACAUUUUCUCUCACAUAAGCCCUGCAGAUGGUAAGACUCCUUCUCAAGCAACUGGAGAAUCUCUAAGCCCUGCUGAGCUUUCUCCUCUUUCUUCCUCAUCCAGGAUGAUUUUCUUAAGCUCUGUGGCACCCAAGAAACAGAUGCAGAUUUCUAUCACAGUCCAUCCACUCGGCCCCUUCAAACUCCCUGCUGUUCUGGGCACUACUGCCAAAAUUAUCAACCUGUUGGUUCUUCUUAGAAAGCAAUCUUUUGAAUCGUCCAUGCCGUUUCUGGAUUCCUCGAGGAAAUCGGAUUCAAAUGAUUUCUGCCUUCUCCCAACCAACUUAAUUGCUUCAUUCAGGUCUAGAGGUCUCCAAGAACAGUUUAGAAGCAUCUCAGCCCAUUCACUCUCCACGCUUUGGGGCAGAAUGGACUGCAUUUUGGGCAGCAAGCUGCCCAUAUGUUCCUGCCCAACAUCCGAUAUACUAAUUUUGAGCAAAUCUUUCUUCACGUCUGCACCCACAGAGUUCCAAUACGACCGAACCCAAUCCUUCCUCUCAUCCGAUGAUGCGUUUUUCCUUGCAUUCCCAUACUUCCUUCUUUCUCCAGAUCUCUGGCCCGACCCCGUGCCAGAAUCUGGCCCUUUGGUAUUGCUAUUACCACUAUCCUCAUCAUUCGCCAAAUGA